CUGCAGCAAACUCGCUAUUGAAUCCAUUAUUCAGUCAACUCUCGUAAUAGUUCAAGUUUCUAAUUGAAUUCUUGUCCAUUGUGUACUUGGAGUUUGUGUUUCCGUUCCAACUAUUGAAAUGAUUCUUCUUAAACAUUCAACUUUUUUCCUUUGCUUAAUCAUCUAUUUAAGCUCUUCAAUCCAUUCCACUCACGGACAAGUGAUGGCACCAGGAUCGUUGUGGAAAGAUAAAACAAUCCCAUAUGAAAUUGACCCGGCCUUAGCCUCACACAGAGCAACUAUUCUAGCCGCCAUGAACGAAAUCAGCGGAACUACUUGCAUUAAAUUUGUGCCUCGAAAUGGUCAGACACGUUAUUUGAACAUCAAAUCUUCACAAAGCUGUAACGUUGUCGUUGGUUCAAUUCCUGGUGGAACCCCACUCAAUUUGAGUAACAUGUGUGUUUGUAAGGGAAUCAUCAUGCACGGUCUAUAUCAUGCCGCAGGAGCCGCCAGGCCUGGUGAUACUGGUCCUUAUCAUGACGGAUUCCCGUGCGUUCGAUUGACUUACGACAUCAACAACGCACAACUUUGUACCAAAAAUGUGCUUAACCAGGCCGAGAUUAAUAAUCUCAAAAAGAUUUACAAAUGCUAAUUAGGAUAAGUUAUAAACCGAAUUUCAUCAACUUCACUUGACUAAUAUAUUAAUCUGUAUCAUGUAAUCCCUAAAAUAUUAAUAAAGUCCCAAUUUGCGCAUUAAAA